AUGGAGUCCGCCAUUCGCUGGUCACCAAGCUCGACCGCCGCGGAGCAACGCUUCUUGUCCGUCGACGUCACAGGAAAGGCGUUUCGCCUAUGCAGAAUUACGGGCUUCGAUGGCAGGAAUAUACAACAUGAAGUCCUAUCUCAUCUGAAAGAUGUCCCUCUUUUCCGUGCAUUCGACUGGUCUACAUCCAACGAGAACCUUAUUGCGGUGGGCCAGUCAUCCGGCGAAGCUACCAUUCUACGACUCGACGCCGACCAGAAGGAAUCGCUUUCUUUUCCAGUCCGAAAUCAGCGCUAUUGUAACGCGGUAGCAUUCAGUACCCAUGGGCUUGUGGCAUCGGGACUAGACCGCGUGCGCAAUGACUUCUGCUUGAACAUCUGGGAUGUCAACCAGCGACUUGGUCCUACCGGCACUACCAAGGGGUUUCACGAACCUUUGAGAAAGCUAGCUAGCUCCGAGCCUAUCACUAGUAUCAAAUUCUUUCGAGAUCAGCCGGAUACACUAGUGACAGGAGUGAAGGGUCAAUUUGUUCGGAUUUAUGAUCUACGAGAGGGUCCUGGAAAUCCAUCUCUACAGUUUCCAACUCGCUGUGUCCACAAUUUAGCGAUUGACUGGCUUGACGAGAAUUAUAUCGCUUCUUGUGCAGCAUCCAACGAGAGCACCGUCUGCGUUUGGGACAAGCGUGUCGGAGCUCGUUUGACAUCACCCUCUCUGGGCUCUUCUGCGACAAAUUCUGAUUCAAUUCAGAAUUCUUCCGUCCUGCAGCUCAAGAAUGUCUUCGACCCCAAGACCUCAAUCUGGAGUUUGCGAUUUUCCAAGACCAACCGUGGAUCUUUAGGCGCAUUAUCCAGCAAUGGCCAUCUGAAAACCUUUGAAAUCGCCAAGGACCACCUGUCAGAAGAAUUUCGCUCCUCGAUCGAUGAAACACUCGGUCAAGGCUCAUUCAGAAACUACCCAGAACCAGUCCAUACCAAACACAUUCGAGAUGUCGCCACGCCGUUUGACCAUCCCAUUCGUGGGUAUGCCGAAAAAGACCGGGUAGUAGCUUUUGACUUUUUGAACCUCAGUCUCUCUUCACAACCUAGUGCUAUUGCUAUCGAUGGCAAUGGAAUUCCGCAGAUCAUUACCGGACGACCACCGUGUUCCCCUGUGGCUCUAUCAUCACAAGGGACAUUGGCUUGUGGUAUCUCCUCCCUUGAAUCAGACGUCAGAUCCAUACGCCCUCUGUCUGAACAGAUUUCUCCCAUUUCUGAGCUUGUUGGAAACAUCAGAUCACGCGUACUUUCUAGUUCCAAGGACUCCAGAAUUGAUGAAGGUAAUUCGUUGGUUUCCGAGGCAAUAACUUCUGAACCUGUACCAAGCCGGGAAAGUCGGGAGCGUGAAUUAUCUCUGGGUACAUUUGGAACUCUUCUCACUGCAAAGGAGGCUUUAACACUCUCUACGCUUGGCCGGUUCCGGUGUAAGGAGGGUUAUCUAUUUGAUGAGCCGCGAAAUCGACAAAUUGUAGCAGACGAUGCUGCUCUUCAGGAUCUUUGGGGCUGGAUUGAACGAGCUCGAUCUGACUCGUCGGAUAAGGCCAUGGUGGUGAAUGGUUUGGACUUGAAUUAUCUUGGCGUGAGCAACGUAUGGCAUAAUGAUCUCGGCCAUGGAUUCGAAAAACGUCGCGUCGGCUCCAAGGGAGAUAAUCCAAACCUUGCAGCGGAGGCAAUCAUUCAGCUGGCAAAACAGUUGAGUUUACCAGAGAUGAAAGGUUGUGAGACCGCACAUCCUGAACACCGCCGAUUUUGCCUUCGCCUUUGUGGUGCAGCUCAAUCAUACCGAGAAUUGGAGGACUUGGUGACGACCCUCUGUGCCGAGGGUCAGCAUACCAAAGCCGCUGCGUUGGCCGUCUUUCAAGACGAGCCAAAACUAGCAUACCUAGGACUUCGGGGCAAUGAACCCAAACAGGCCCAUAAAAUGCUAGCUAUGGCAAUCGCUGGUUCUGCGAAAGGAGAUAACAGUGCAGACUGGGAAGAAACCUGCGCCGAAAUUUCGAAGGAGCUCACUGACCCAUAUGCACGCGCAAUCCUUGCUCUCGUGAGCAAAGGCGACUGGCAUGCGGUCAUUAAGGAGACUACACUUCCCUUGAAAUACCGCGUUGAAGUUGCAUUGCGAUGGCUCCCAGAUGAUGAGCUGAGCGAAUACCUGAAAGAUGCCACCACCGAGGCAAUGCAACAAGGUGACAUUGAGGGUGUGGUGCUCACGGGAUUAGGCCAUCUAGCGAUGGGCUUGUUUCAAUCAUACAUUGACAAGUUCAACGAUAUCCAGACUCCUGUGCUUGCCAUGAGCCAUACCGUACCACGAAUCAUCAGCAAUAACACCUACAUUGCCAAGUUUGAAGCCUGGCGCGAGACCUAUCGCCGGCAGAUGAACUCCUGGAAACUGCAACUUGAAAGAGCCCGCUUCGACGUUGGCUCUCGUCAAUUCGCCGUCACCGUCGACGGGCGCAAACUCAUCCCUGCACCGCCACAACAGGUCAGCCUGACCUGCAACUAUUGUACACGUCCCCUAACGCAAUACGACUCCUCUUCCCAAAUCUCUCCAUCCACCGCAAUGGAAACCGUCCACCCAACCGUCGGCAACCCUCUCGGCUCUGCAAGUAUGUCUGGAACAGUUUGUCCCCGUUGCGGUCGUCACAUGCCUCGUUGUGGUGUCUGUACACUGUGGCUUGGCUCACAAGACCCAUUAUCCAUUCCCGUUGAUGCAGAAGCCAACUCACGUAAAGCCAGUGAGACCGAGGUCAUGCAGCGAUUUGUCGUGUUUUGUAUUCAUUGUAAUCAUGGCUUCCAUGCACAUCAUGCACGCGACUGGUUUAUGCGGCACAAGGUGUGUCCAGUAGCCGAAUGUAGUUGUAUCUGCGAUCGAUAA